GAUGUCUUCAGCGAACUUUGUGAGUACGAUGAAACAACGGCCGGGCGGCGAGGCACCGAGAAGAGGUCGCCAGUUUACGUGCAGCUCUGGGAGUGGAACUUUGACGAUAUCGCAAAGGAGUGUGUCAACUACCUUGGCCCCAACGGGAUCGAUGCCGUGCAGGUCUCACCGGUCACCGAGCACAUCCUGGGGUCGGAGUGGUACACCAAGUAUCAGCCCAUUGGCUUUGGCCUCCACUCCCGGUCCGGCAGCGAGGCACAGUUCGCGCAGAUGAUUGCGAAAUGCCGUGGUGCUGGCGUCCAGGUCAUCGUGGAUGUGAUCUUGAAUCACAUUGCCGCCCCUUGCCAGGCUGCCAUCGAGGGCUGGGCCGGGUCGGCCUAUGGCAACCGGCGGAUCAACUCCCAGGAUGGCUGGAAGGGCCCGGAACUAUUCCACAACCGCCAGGAAAUCGAUGGCAACCGCCUUGGCAACUGCCCCGUGGAGGAGCCCAGCUUCACGUGCCCUCAGAGCGAGCCGCCUGGUGACUGCACGAGAUGUGACUUCAAGGGCCUCCCCGACUGGAACACUGGCCUGCAGCCCACGCGCGACAUCCUGACGAAGCAUCUCACUGAGUUGCAUGAUCUUGGCGUGACGAUGCUACGUCUUGAUGCUGCAAGUUAUGUCUCUGUGGAGGAUCUGGCAGUGAUAAUCAAUCAGUUGCCCUGGGACCUGGUGUACCAAGAGUGGUGGGGCGGCGUUCCGCUCGAAGAGAGGACAGUGGCAGUGGGCCACUACCGAGAUCAGAAAUACGGACUGAAGAUUACCAAUGCCUUGGGCGUGGGUGACGUCAAAUACAUGCCGGAGCUCCUGAACAUCAGCCACGGCAUCGAUGGCAUCUCGCCGGAACGUGCUGUCUACCCGCUGACGUUUCACGACCAGAGGACUUUGCAGGCUGAUCGCUUCAUUCCCACAUUCAAAAAUGGACUGGAGUUCCAUCAGCAGCAAAAGUUCCUGCUGGCCUGGCCAUCAGCGGUUGCUGUGCGCCUUUUUGGUGGCUUCACCUUCACCAACAUGGACGCUGGACCUCCCGGAAACUGUGGAAACGGACAGUGCCAGCCGUUCCCGGUGUAUAUGUUCAACGAUGCAGAGCCUCGCUGUAUGCCCACUCCGACGGAAUCCCCCUUGGCAACUUCGUACGAGGGCUGGGUGUGCGAGCACCGCUGGGAGGGCAUUGCUGGCCUCGUGGCUUUCCGGAAGGCGUGUCGUGGGCAACCCAUCACGCAGACAUGGUCGGAGUCGACCGUUCCAUCUGUAGGUCUAGGACAUUUUGCCUUCCGCGCCGGUGGCGACUGCUUCGCUGCCCUUGUGCGGGGGGACAAUACGCGGUGGCCCAACUACUGGGGCGACCUGGGACCAUGGCGGCUUGCAGGCCUUGCCCCAGGCCUUCCCCCUGGCCGCUACUGUGACAUGGCCUCUCUGACGACCCUGCGCUGUUGGGAUCGACGGAGCUGCCCCAGGGAGGUCGUAAUUGGUUCGGAUGGCUCGGUGGUUACGGGCACGGUCCCCAAUGGGGAUCUCAUGGCGAUCUACGCGGGAGGGCGCCUGGACGACACCACCGAGCCUUUCGUGUGCAACCCGGAGGAUGUGGACGAGAACGAACUGUCGAAGGCAACGGCUCACAUGAUUGGGCAAGCAGCAGUUUUCUUGCUCCUUGUGAGCUGA